AUGAUGUAUUUUGUUGAGUGUGAUGCGGACCUUGUUGUUGGUCCUGAAACUCGUUUGAAAUCGAGGGGAGACUCUGCCGAAUUUUCGGCAGAAAGUCUCAUGCCCUUACUCCUUUUGAAGAAGGAGGUUACCAUUUUAAGGAGUGAACCCGGCAUGGGUGUGAUGUCGGGGUCUCCGCAGGAUUCAUCUCGGUUGUGGGAUCAUGAUGGGUUCCGUCACGGGACGUCAUCAUGUGACGUGGAGGACUCUUUGACAUGGAUGGAUGUCUUUUCCUCCGUUCGUUUAGCUAGAGCUUUUGCCUUGGUUGUCAACUUGGUUAAGGAGGAAGGAAUUUGGAAACCUGAGUAG